AUGAACUGCUUCCUCGACGCCACCAAGUGCAAGAACCCCAACCGCGCCUCCGAGCUCCCGCGGGCCACCACAGCGUGCGCCAUCUGCAACACGACCAACGCGCAGGGGCGGCUGUGCAGCGGCGGGCUGUGCACCGUCAACGCCACGGACCUGGUGGCACUCGGCGCUCCCAACAGCGCCGCGUCGCCCUCCCUGCCGCUCAUCUGCGUGGGCGCGGCGUUUGUGGCGAUGGACUCGGUGCAAGCGGGCGCCAUGCUGAACCUCAAGGCGUCGCUGGGAGUGACCUUCACCGACUGGAAGGCUGACUCGCCCUGCUCCCUGCCUGGUGCUGUUGCUGCUGGGUCGUGGAGCGGAGUCACCUGCGACGCCACUGGAAAAGUGCUCGGCAUCCACAACGCUGCUGGUGCUGAAGACGGUGCUGGGAGUGACGGCCACGGACUGGAGUGCAACGACGGUGGUGCUGCAGCCCAAGGCGCUGAAGAGCAGCAGCGUGCCCCUGGCCACCACUGUGGGCGCCUGCACCGUCGAGGGGCAGACCCCUGCUCCUGGCUCCUGGACCGGCGUCUUCUGCAACUCCGCUGGCGCCAUCGUCGCCCUGUUACUGCCGAACCAGAAGCUGACUGGAAGCCUGUCGUCGGACAUCAGCAAGCUCACAGCUCUCACCGCUCUCGCGCCGCUGCCGACUGCAACGUCUGCGGCUCCACCGGGGCUGCGGGCACGCUGUGCGGCGGUGGCUUCUGCACGCCCAAUGCUACCAUUCCGGCCGGCACGGGCACGCCCAACACGGAGGGGCAGGCGGUGCUGCCGCUGUUCUGCCAGGGUGGCCCCAUCGAGCUCACCAUGCGCGGCGCCAUGCUCAACCUCAAGGCGUCGCUGGGGGUGACGCUCACUGACUGGCUGGGCACCUCGCCGUGCAACAUCGCAGGGCAGAGCACCGUGCCGGGGGCGUGGUCUAACGUGGUCUGUGACACCGCGGGCAAGGUCGUGAGCAUCCCUGAUGGCCAGGGCACUCUGUGCGGCGGCGGGCUGUGCGUGCCGAAUGCUACGGAUGCUGUGGCGGGUAACAGCGUCCCCACGCUGUCAACUCCCAUCAUGUCUAUGUAUUGCACGGGGGUCAUCAUCGAUGCCGCCUCAGGUGAUGCACUUCCCUGCCUGCACCCUUUUUCCACGCCACCUUUAUGCACCCUCGCUAUGCCACCACCAUGCCAUGCAUUGUGUGUGCUGCUCAGCAGCCAAUCGUCCCUUCCCAUGCAUGCUUCCUCUCUCCCCGUGUCUUGCUCUCCUCUUAAACCUCCCGCCCUUGUCUGGCUCCUUGUCUGGACCAACCCUUACACUGCACCAGUCACGGCGCUGGGCAACAUAAAGGCAGCGCUGGGAGUGACCUUCACGGACUGGACGGCCCCUACGGCGCUGCUCAAGCCCAAGGCGGCUGGCAGCACUGGCAGUGGCAGUGUGGCGCUGACAGACUGGCUGACCACGGGUGGCUACUGCACCGUGGAGGGGCAGACCCCCGUCGCUGGCUCCUGGUCCGGCGUGCUCUGCAACGCCCUUGGCCAGCCCGUCAACCUGUCAGUGUUCUUGCACCUAGGUGACUUUUGA